CAUUCUGCUCAAAAUGCUGGUCAACGAAUACAAGUCUGAACUCGUUGAUGCUGGUGUGAGAAAUUAAGGAUCUGUCCUGUCAAUGUGCUGUGUUUGAAAUCGUUGUCCUGAAGUACGUACAUCGUAUCCUGGAGCAAAAAUUGUAUUUAUUACUCUUGCUCCUCGGGGUUUCAAGUAUUGAUGUUUUAACCUUGCGUUCUGUAAUUAUGGAUCACAGCAACGUGGAAACAGGCACGAUCAUUUCGAUACGAGUCGAAAAUUUUGUGACAUAUGAUAAUGCAGUGAUCAAACCAGGGCGUAACUUAAACGUCAUAAUCGGGCCCAAUGGCACGGGAAAAUCUACGAUCGUAUGCGCUAUAGUACUCGGUUUGGGCGGCAAGCCAAAUGUAAUAGGCAGAGCUCGAAAUGUGGGAGACUAUGUGAAAUCUGGUUGUUUGAAGGCAAAAAUAGAAAUAGAAUUGAAUAAUCCUGGGAAGGAGAACUAUGUUAUAAGCAGGAUAUUCACAACUGAUGGUCAUACCACAUGGAUGUUGAAUGACAAAACAGUUACUUCAAAAGAAAUAGAAGCUCUGACAAAGAGUCUCAAUAUUCAAGUCAGUAAUUUGUGUCAGUUUUUGCCACAAGACAAGGUACAGGAUUUUUCAAAAAUGAAUGCUCAAGAACUACUAGAAAACACUGAAAAAUCUGUAGGUGAUCCUAUGCUCCUGGAGUAUCAUCACACAUUGAAAGAACAUAGAAAGCAACACAUUGAGUUGCAAGAACUGGUCACCAAUAAAGAGAAUCUGCUAGGACAAAAAAUUCAAACCCAUGAAAGAUUAGAAGAAAUUGUAAGUGGUAUAAAAGAAAGAACUGCAAUAAAAAAAAAAAUCACUUGCCUCAAACAAAAAAAGGCAUGGCUUUUGUACGACGUAAGUCGUGAACGGUUGGUUCAAGCAAAGAAGAUGCGUGAUGAAGCAAUGAAAGAUAUGAACAAAUUACGUAAAGACAUGAAACCUAUUGAGAAAAUCAUUAAUGCAGCAAAGUCCAAAGCUAACGCUGUUGAUCAUGAAGUCAGUUCAAAAACAAGUCAGACCCAGGCUGAAGCUCGCACCCUGAGAAAAAUAGUGGAGUCUAUUGGUGGGUAUGAAGAAAAAAUUCGAGAAAUCCAGAGAACUCAUACACAAAAGAUACAAGCAGAAGCAACUUAUGAACAAGAGAUAGCUGCAGCUCAGCAGCAAAAAAGCAAACUCGAAAAUGAUUUAGAAAUUAUUAUGAGAGAGUUUGGAGAUGAGGAAAGUUUAACUAAGAAACAAAGACUCGUAUUACCACUCAUUGAGCAACAGAGGAAUUUAAUAAAUCAGAUUACCAACCAAAUAUAUCAACAUACACAAGAAGAAGAAAAAAUUAUAAGAGAAAUACGAAUUCAAGAGGCAGAGCUACAAUCCGUGGAAGGUGUGGAAAAGCAACGAUUGGCAUUAUUGAGACAGAUGAGUGCAGAUGCAUACAAGGGUGUUAUGUGGUUGAGAGGAAAUGCUGAUAAAUUUUCCCAAAUUAUCCACGAACCAAUGCUGCUAAAAAUAAACGUCAAAAGUGCAAAGUAUUCCAAGUAUUUUGAGUCUGUUGUUCCAAGUCGUGAUCUAUGUGCUUUUGUUUGUGAGAACAAACAGGAUAUGAAUAUGCUAAUGACGUAUCUAAGAGAUCAGCAGAGGCUUCAGAUCAACUGUGUCCACUCAGAUCCUGAUAAGCGUGUUAAUAUGAGUCCUAGAAUACCAAUUGAAAGUAUUGCGCAAUACGGCUUUGAGCAUUACUUGAGCUCGCUGAUCGAUGCUCCACAAACAAUACUCAAAUAUCUUGUAUCGAUGUACCGGAUUAAUAACAUACCAAUAGGGAAUCAAAAUGUGGAACAGAAUAUCGACUACCUUCCCAAUUCAUUAUCAUGCUUCUACAGUGAACAAAACGCAUAUUAUGUUUCUGUGUCAAAAUAUACCGGGGAAAAAUCCACCAGAAUAUCACGAGUUGGGGGCAAUGGGACUCUCUCGAUCAUUAUUGAUACUAGCAAACUAGGUGGGAUCCGAGCUAGACUGUUGUCAUUAAAUGACAAUAGAAUACUAGCAGCACAGAUGGUUAAUAAGAAAAAGGAAGAACUUAAGGAGGCUGAGGCUAAAAUGGAAGAGUUUAGGGUCCAAAGAGGAGAAUGUCAGAACCGCAUUGAACGAAUUAAAAAUGUUAGAACUAGAAUUAUAAUAAUUAAACAAAAAAUAAAUGAUCUACAGACUGAGAGAACGAGUAUUGAACAAAUCGAACGAGAAACUAAGAAGCAAAUCAAUGACACUAUACAGCUGCAAGUGAAAGCGUAUGAAGUGUAUAACACAGCAUUAGAACUGUACAUAACAUGUAACGAGAGCUGUGCCUAUGCAAAGUUGGAAAGAAGACUGCUUGAACAAUCUCUGAAGCUUCGUCAGAAAGAAUAUUGUGAGAUGAAAGCGAAAUGCGAUAGAGCCGAAAGUAUCGUUCAAAACUUUGAAACUGAGUUACAACCACUGAAGGCCGAGGCAAAAAGAAUGUACGAAGAUGCGUUGAAUAGUACAAAUAACGUGGGACCUGAGCAUCAAGCUUUUGAAAAAUUGAAUAAAGCGUUCUCAAAACUACCACCAUCUAUAGAUGAGAUAAAUGAACAAUUGAAAAUGUUGAAUGCAAAAGUAUUUUGUUUGUCCGAUAUGCCAGACGGAGAUAACGUAAUAAACGACUUCGAAAAAGUAAAAGUUGAUGUGGCGAGAUUAAAGGAAGAUAUCGUCACAAAAUCAACCGAACUACGCAUUAUCAUUGAAGAGAUGGAAAGAAUCCGUGGUAUGUGGAUGCCAUUGCUCAGUCAAUUUGUAGAUCAAAUAAACGAGAACUUCAGUUCAUAUCUCGCCAACAUGAACUGUGCUGGAGAAGUUUCGUUGCAUUACGGUGAUAACAUUUUGGAUUUUGAGCAAUAUGGACUUAAAAUCAAAGUGAAGUUUCGCGAUACCGACGAAUUACAAGAACUGACCCGCCAUCAUCAGAGUGGAGGAGAAAGAGCCGUUUCUACCGCAGUAUAUAUGAUUGCCCUACAAGAAUUGUCUGUGGUUCCGUUUCGUUGCGUUGAUGAAAUUAAUCAGGGUAUGGACGCAACCAAUGAACGGCGAGUAUUCGAGCUGAUCGUAAGCAUCACCGGAAAACCUAAUGGAUCGCAGUACUUUCUACUUACACCAAAGCUUCUGCCCAACCUUUUGUACACAGAAACUGCCAUCGUCCACUGCGUGUUCAAUGGCCCAUUCUCAAUCUCGCAUCAGGACUUUGAUAUGAAUGAAUACUGCCAAAAAAUAGCAUACAAAAAUCACAGAGAUAACGAUGAGAAGAGGAUCACAUGAUUAACUAAUCGAUGGAAGAAGUCAGUUUGAAGUAUGGUAUCGGUUGGUUUAUUGGUUGUGUAGCUCGCCAUUAUCAUGAUUAUUAUUUUCCAACAAUAUAAGCCUGAAUAUCCAUUUCUA